UCAAUCAUGUCGAAUUGCAUAUCAUGCUCCCGGCCAAUUAAGCGAAAGAAAGAGGGAGACAACAAUUGUGUUUGUUUGUGUUUGUCUGAGUGCAAAUGGGGAAAAGUCCUGGUUGUUCUAAAGAUCAGGGACUCAACAGGGGGGCUUGGACUGUUUUUGAGGACCAGAAACUCAAAGAUUACAUCAAAACCCAUGGGGAAGGAAAGUGGGGAAAAAUUCCAAAGGAAGCUGGUCUAAAAAGAUGUGGAAAGAGUUGCAGACUAAGGUGGUUGAAUUACCUCAGACCUGAUAUUAAAAGGGGUAAUAUUACCCUCGACGAAGAGGAUCUCAUCAUUAGGCUUCACAAGCUGCUAGGCAACAGAUGGUCUCUAAUAGCUGGAAGACUUCCAGGGCGAACAGACAAUGAAAUCAAGAACUAUUGGAACACAACUUUGGGAAAGAAGGUGAAAGUAGAAAAGUCAAAGCAUUCCAACAAUAACAUCAAAAAGAACACCAAGACCAAUCCUUCAAAGUGCAGUAAGGUUGUAGUUGCCCCAAAGCCGCUGGAAGUCGAAAAUCCAGACACUAGUGAUCCACCAGCAACGUCUGUAGACAGAAACUUGUUAAAUAAUGUGGCGGUCACUUCUGAGGAAGAUGAUUUCGGCAGCUUUGCAAUGGACUUUGAUAUGGGGGAGCUAUUGAUGUCUGACAUAUCAGAUUCGGAGUUUUGGAAGCUAUGUCAUCAGUUUGACAAUGGCAUUGAGGAAGGAGGUAACAGUGGUGGCGCCAAGAACCUUUCGUUCUCAGAGGAAACAACGCUGAAGGAAUGGAUGACAGAUGGUUGUAAUUACCACCACCAUAGAUCAUAAGCUUCCAUUCUCGAAACUCAAGCUCAUUGAGUUCGUCAUAAUCUAACAUAUGCAUUAUUAUUUUUUCUCAAUUUCUUAGUUUUUGUUUUGUCCUCUAGUCACUGAUUAUAAGCCAACUGUUUCCAUCUCUCAUCUUGCUGCGAAUAAUCUGGUCGAACUUGACAUCCUAGAGUUAUUGGUUUCUUGUUAUGUAAUCAGCACUAAAGCCAUUUAAAAUAAAAGCAUGUCGUAG